GCCACAGCCUCGAUUGCCGGAAUGCUGUUCGGAUACGACACGGGCAUCAUCUCGGCUGUGCUGGUCUACAUCGACGAUGCUCUCAACAACCGCACCCUGACACACAGCGAGAAAGAGAUGAUCACCUCUCUUUGCUCCGGUGGUGCUUUCUUUGGUGCUAUUGCUGCAGGAUUGAUGGCUGAUAAGUUUGGUCGCAAAACUUGUAUCUACCUCGGAUGUGCGCUGUUCACCGUCGGAGCCGUGCUGCAAGGGGCUGCAUACACGAUCGCACAGAUGGCCGUGGGCCGGUUCGUCGUCGGCCUAGGAGUCGGAUCGGCGGCCAUGAUGGUGCCGCUGUAUGUAGCCGAACUGGCUCCGGCCAAAGCGCGCGGUCGAUUGAUCGGACUGAACAAUAUCUCCAUCACGCUGGGCCAGGUGAUCUCGUACGCGCUGGGCGCUGCCUUUGCCUCGGUUCCUCAUGGUUGGCGCUAUAUGGUCGGACUCGGCGGCGUGCCGUCUGUCCUGCUGGCCUGCAUGCUGCCGUGGUGCCCGGAAUCGCCACGUCAUCUCAUCUACCACGGGCGGCAUGAAGAGGCACGCUUGGUGCUUUAUCGCAUCUAUCGACAGGCAUCAGAGGCUCAGAUUGAUUUUCUGGCUGCAUCUAUCGCCUCGGCCUGCGACGACGCGCGCCGCAACAACGAAAACGAAAGCCGCUGGAACAAGGUCAAGCAGCUACAUACCGUACCAGCCAAUUUGCGGGCUCUGUUCAGUGCCUGUGGGCUUAUGGUGAUUUCGCAGAUGUCCGGAUUCAAUACGCUGAUGUACUACUCAUCGACCUUGUUUGCCAUGGUCGGGUUCAACAACCCUACGGCGGUGGGACUGGUUGUCGCCGCUCCUAACCUGGUGAUGACCUUUCUCAACAUGAUUCUGGUGGAUCGACUGGGACGGCGUCGCCUCUUACUGUGCACCGUCUGGGGCAUGUCUGCCGGCCUCAUUGCUGUGGCCGUGGCCUUCCGAUUUCUUCCCGUCGACACGGAAUCGCUGGAGGUGCCCGAGAGUUCGUCUGCUUCAGGACCGGCUAUUGCGGUUCUUGUUUUCGUAUUGUGGUUUGUCAUUUUCUAUGGCCUCUCGGUCGGCAAUACUGCGUGGAUGAGCGCCGACUUCUUCCCUCUGGAGGUGCGUGCGGUGGGCACGAUGUGGCUGACCUGCUCCAACUGGGCCAGCAAUGUGAUCGUGUCCAGUACCUUCCUCUCGAUGAUGCACAGCAUGACACCCUCCGGUACCUUCGGCUUCUAUGCUGCAAUCUGCGGACUGGGUUACAUGUGGAUCUAUUUCUUCUACCCCGAGGUGUCUGGACUGCCACUGGAGGAGAUCCGUCAGGUCUUCGAGAACGGUUACGGCUCCAAAAUGAGGCGGAGACGUGGAGGUAAUAUAGCACAAGAACAAAGACAGACAGAAUAAAUUGAAUAUCCAGUGCGCCGGAAAAGUUAAAGAGCAGAGGGCAACCAGUCGGUAAGG